UCCCGCGGCUCGGCGGGCACUCCCGGCGGCCGGCCCGGCUCCCCGGGCUGCGGGGGCAGCGCCGCGGGGCCAUGGGCAACGGCACGGCCGGACCCCCGCCCGCCGCCGGCCACAGCAUCGCCGCGCUGGUGCUCGGCAUCCUCCUCAUCCUCCUCAUCGUCGGCGGCAACGGGCUGGUCUGUCUGAGCGUGUGCACCGAGCGGGCGCUCAAGACGACCACCAACUACUUCAUCGUCAGCCUCGCCGUGGCUGACCUGCUGCUCGCCCUCCUCGUCCUGCCCCUCUACGUCUACUCCGAGUUCCAGGGAGGUGUGUGGUCCCUGAGCACGGUGCUGUGUGAUGCCCUGAUGACCAUGGACGUGAUGCUGUGCACGGCGUCCAUCUUCAACCUGUGUGCGAUCAGCGUGGACCGGUUCAUCGCCGUCCAAGUCCCACUCAACUACAACCGGCGACAGAUCGACCUGCGGCAGUUGAUCCUUAUAUCCACCACCUGGAUAUUCGCCUUUGCUGUAGCAUCUCCUGUCAUAUUUGGCCUCAACAACGUCCCAAACCGGGACCCCAGCCUGUGCCAGCUGGAGGAUGACAACUACAUCGUGUACUCCUCCAUCUGCUCCUUCUUCAUCCCGUGCCCCGUCAUGCUGGUGCUGUACUGCGGCAUGUUCCAAGGACUCAAGCGCUGGGAGGAGGCCAGGAAGGCCAAGCUGAGGGGCUGCAUCUAUGGGGCCAACAGGAAGCUGUACCACCCCCCGACCUUCCUGGAGAGGGAGCAGAGCCGGCUGGGGCCGCCGGAGUGCAGCCCCUACAGCCUCACUGGGCUCCCUGGGGACUGUGGGAUGAGCAAUGGGAUCCAGACUGUGUCCUACCCGCACCUCAGGUACCCACAGCCGGGGCACGGGCGGAAGCGGGCCAAGAUCAACGGCCGGGAGCGCAAGGCCAUGCGCGUGCUGCCGGUGGUUGUCGGUGCUUUCCUCUUCUGCUGGACACCUUUUUUUGUGGUGCACAUUACCAGGGCUCUCUGCAAGUCCUGUGCCAUUCCCACUCAAGUCACCAGCACUGUCACUUGGCUGGGCUAUGUCAACAGUGCUCUCAACCCCAUCAUUUACACCGUGUUCAACGCUGAGUUCAGGAACUUCUUCCGCAAAGUCUUGCACCUCUUCUGCUGAGCCCUCUGGGACUGGUGGGGAGGAGGAACCUCCAGGGAGCAGGAACCACCAGGUGAUUUUUUGUAUAGUUCAUUAAAGAUCUAUUUCUGUCCCUG